CCCCAGAGUAAGCUUGUCAUUUCCCAUGGCCGCUGCUGCCUCUUUGCUUAUCUAAAUCUCUUUAUCAUCCGUCACAGGCUGUCCGUUUCCGCAGCGAGUUCACGUCACUGGAGGAGAAGCCGCAGUUCCCAGGAGCCUCUGCAGAGUUUGUGGAGUCAUUGGAGUUCAUCCAGCCCAAUGUAAUUUCUGGGAUCCCCAUCUAUCGGGUGAUGGACCGACAGGGCCAAAUCCUCAACCCGCAGGAAGACCCACAUGUAAGGUCUAAGCUUGUGUGUCUGAGAUGCAAUGGCUGGUUCGCAUGGGGAGGGAAUUCGAAUGAUCAAAUUAAUCUCUAAAUUCAAUAUCUUGUAUGUUCUAUAGGGACAUUAAAGGACCACUACACUCAACGUCUGUCCUUUUACCCUGCAAUGUAAAACAUUGACUUUUAGUAAAUACAGAUAUGUGUCAUUACAUUGCAGGGUUAAAGGAUCAUUAUAGUGUCAGGAAAACAAACUUGUUUUCCUGACACUAUAUAACCAUUAGGUCCACCCCACCCUCAGGGCCCCCCCCCCAGCUACUUACUUUAAUCCAGCGCCAGGCUCACUCGGAACGAAAUGUGCAUGCGUGUCCAGAGCCGCACUCGCAUUUAAAACGCCCAUAGGAAAGCAUUUGCAAUGCUUUCCUAUGGACUUUCUGCACGCUGAAUGCGAAUGCAUCCAGCAUUGCAGAAGCGCCUGUAGCAGCUGUCAGGAAGACAGCCACUAGAGGCUGGAUUAACCCUGCAAUGCAAACAUAGCAGUUUCUCUGAAACUGCUAUGUUUACAUCUGAAGGGUUAAAACCUGGGGGACCUGGCACCCAGACCACUUCAUUGAGCUGAUGUGAUCUGGGUGACUAUAGUGGUCCUUUAACACAACUCUAGUGCAAAACAGUCAGACUUCAUUCUCAAUCAGAGGCCACUCCUAGAGAAGAAUUUAAUUGGCGCAUGCUCAGUAGCCUCUUAAUGCAUCCCUGUAAGAAAGCUUUGGAUUUGGUGAGAUCAUCAAGAUUGAUCUAAGCCAAAGAGACAGGGUGGCCAUGAAAAAAAAACUACCUCUAUCAAGGAAUCCAAGGUGACUAGGCACAUAAACAUGUACAGGACACUCAAUGUUUGUAUCCCUAGUAGUGUUCCUAUAACAUUAAUGGUGAUGGUAAAUACUAGGGAGCCUGGGAGAUUUUAAAGAUACACACCCCAUCUGAAUAUUAUCGUGCCUUUUAUAUCACUAGAUAUGUCCGUGUCCGGUUAUCCUAACCAUAGUAUUCAAUCAUCUUCCUGUGGGGCAUGAAACGAAAGAUCUAAGAGCCAAUAGAAAAAAAAAAAACUUUACCUAGUUACAGAGUAUAAAACAUCAAUCAAAAUAGUCCAGGUAUAAAAUAAUUCCCUAAAUAGAUUAAUAGACUUUAUAAGACCGUACAAAUGUUGCUGACACUCCGUGAAACACGUAAGGCUAAUUUCAGGAAAGAAUCCUCUGUUGCCAUCAGUGGAAGGUAAGUAGACUGUACUAGACCAGUUGAAUGCCGAAUCCAACUGGUAGCCUCCUCUCUCUGGUACUGGGCUGAUCUGCAUGAGACUGACUGAUUUAUUAACUCUGAAAGAAUAGUUCAUUUUUUGGAAGAGCCGUCUCCUGAUUGGCAAGUUUUAAUCUAGUGAGUGUUUAAAGUAAUUGGGAACAGACCGCACUAUGAAAUGUAUUUUUCAAACUAAGUGGAGCAUUGGAAGCAUCAUUUUAUUUAUUUCUGGGACUUUGAUGAGUUCUUUACAGACCGUAUUGUGUGUUUAUAUAUAGACGCAUCCUGCAACAGUUUGUUUCAUCUGUACUGUCAUAUGCUAUCUGUUUAUUGGUUGCAUAAGUUUCUGUUUAUACAAGCAUUAAAGCGGCACUGUGAUACCUUUCCCCAAUUGAUUCCUCCUCUCUCCCUCUCUCAGGAUCUGUUCUUCAUUUCUUCCUGUCUGCUCUAGUUUUCUUUAAAACAUAAGACAAAGUAGGGGACUAUUCCUCUUAUGGUGGUUUCCUACGCCUGACCAUCUCUGACCAGCGGAGGAGCAAAGUGUGGUUCAUUUCUGAUGGUCAGAGAAAUUUUCCCACAAUUCUCACCUUUCUUCCGUGUUCCCGCGAUGCCUCCUUUAAUUUUUCCCAAACAUCCUGUCAUUUAGAUAGAACGCUGGCAAAAUUACCGAAUUGCGUCCUUACAGAAUGAGAACAGUUUCUCCAUUCGUGUUCGGACGCAUUUCGAGACUUUGUGCGGAUCGGAAUUUCAUUUGAAUGAAUGAAACUCUGAUCAUAUUCGUGUCGCUGCUGCAUCUUGCAUCCGCUUAGUAGAUAACUCCCUAAUUCCCACAGUAUUAGUUAUCUACCAAAAGGCUGAAAGACCUAAAUUGGUCUUUCCGUCAAAUUUACUAAUACUAAGUAAAGAUUACUUAGUAUUAGUAAAUUAUGCCCCUACUUGCUAUACCGCCUGUAGGGGUAUGUCUAGUAAACAGUGAGCAGCCUGUGGCAAAAAAAUACCCCUAGUAUCUCUCCUCCCAAGCCCCCACCUGUGCAGCGUGAGUGGGAGCUAUUAAACUGAAGGGGGGACCUAUUGUCCACUCUACCUCUAAGGCUCACUGCUUAGGUGUUGUCUUUGACUCUGACCUCCUCUUCACCCCUCAUGUCCAAUCAAACGCCAAAUCCUGCCGCUUCCAUCCCAAAAACAGUGUGCUCAUCCGACCUUAUUUAACACAUGAUACGGCAAAGGUGCUUGUCCUUGCUGCUGUCCUUUCUCGCCUUGACUACUGUAAUACGCUUUUCAGUGGUCUUACGUGUUCCCAACUUGCCCCGAUACAGUCUAUAAUGAUUGCGGCAACGAAGCUCAUCUUCCUGUCCGCCUGCACCUCCCACGCCUCACCCUUCUGUCAGUCCCUACAUUGGCUUCCCAUAAGAUAUAGGGCUCAAUUUAAGAUCCUGACACUUGCUUACAAAUCUCUACACUAUGCUGCUUCCACCUACUUAUCCUCACUAAUACACAAAUAUGUCCCAUCUAGGCCACUACGCUCUGCCGGAGACCUACGUCUAACCUCUGUUCGUACUCCUACCUCUGAUGCUCACCUUAAAGACUUCUCUAGGGCUGCACCGUUCCUAUGGAACGCCCUUCCCCUCUCUGUUAGACUUUCACCCAAUCUCCACUCCUUCAAAAAAAUCUUUGAAAACUUACAUCUUUAGGAAAGCAUAUCAAUUAAACUGUGAACAGCUUUGCCUCCCCGCACCCCGAUUCCUCUCCUGAAACUUUCAUUUAAAGUACUAUCCUAGCAACUUACUUUUCUACCCCUACCCUUACCUUUUGUGUCACUAUACUUCACUCCCUCUGGCAUUUAAGCUCAUUGAGCAUGGCCAUCAACCCCUCUGUUACUGUGUCACUAUACCCCACUCCCUCUAACAUGUAAGCUCAUUGAGCAGGGCCUUCAAUCCCUCUGUUAGUGUGUCACUAUACACCACUCCCUCUAACAUGUAAACUCACUGAGCAGGGCCCUCAAUCCCUCUGUUACUGUGUCACUAUACCCCACUCCCUCUAACAUGUAAACUCACUGAGCAGGCCCUCAAUCCCUCUGUUACUGUGUCACUAUACCCCACUCCCUCUAACAUGUAAACUCACUGAGCAGGCCCUCAAUCCCUCUGUUACUGUGUCACUAUACCCCACUCCCUCUAACAUGUAAACUCACUGAGCAGGGCCCUCAAUCCCUCUGUUACUGUGUCACUAUACCCCACUCCCUCUAGCAUUCAAACUCACUGAGCAGGGCCCUCAAUCCCUCUGUUACUGUGUCACUAUACCCCACUCCCUCUAACAUGUAAACUCACUGAGCAGGCCCUCAAUCCCUCUGUUACUGUGCCACUAUACCCCACUCCCUCUAACAUGUAAACUCACUGAGCAGGCCCUCAAUCCCUCUGUUACUGUGUCACUAUACCCCACUCCCUCUAACAUGUAAACUCACUGAGCAGGGCCCUCUGUUCCUGUGUGUCCAACUUGUCUGGUUACAAAUACGUGUCUGUUGGUCCACCCAUUGUACAGCGUUACGGAACUGUUGGCGCUUUAAGAAUAAGAAUAAUAAUAAUAAAAAACAAGAGAAUGCCCAUAAAGUAUAAUGGGAAGCAACACUUAAACUCAUUUGCAGGCAAAUCAGGGUUAUGUAGCAAAUUAAUCUUUACCACAUGUGUUCCCCAAGUACAGCAGCAGAUUGCAAAAUAGAAUUACCUGGGGUUAUUUUCUAAGGAAUGACAGGUGAAUGAUAUAACGGGAAGCAAUAUGUUACUUUGAAUCUGUACUGUGACACAUAUCAAAUAAAUCUUUUGUUGGCAUACUCUCCAGGUUCAGUGGCAAUUGUUUAAAUUUAGAUUAAAGGACCACUAUAGUCACCCAGACCACUUCAGCUCAAUGAAGUGGUCUGGGUGUCAGGUUCCCCAGGUUUUAACCCUUCUGAUGUAAACAUAGCAGUUUCAGAGAAACUGCUAUGUUUACAUUUCGGGUUAAUCCAGCCGCUAGAGGUGCUUCCCCAACCGAAAAUCGCAUUGAGCACGCAGAACGUCCAUAGGAAAUCAUUAAGAAAUGCUUUCCUAUGGGCGUUCUUAAAUGUGCGUGCGGCUCUGGCCGUGCAUGCGCAUUCGGCUCCACUCGGGAACUGACGUCGGAGGGGGAGGAGAGGUCACCAGCCCCGGCGCUGGAAUAAGCCAAGUGGCAAAGGGGUUUUAACUCCUUCAGCCCUGGGGGAAGGGGGGACCUAAGGAUUAUAUAGUGUCAGGAAUAGGUCUGACGGGACUUCCAUAAAGACCGGGUGUUCGUGCGAGUGCCAUGCCAAAAACAGUUCCAGGUACUCGACGACCCGGUCCCGCUGGCCUCGUUUGGGAGUUUAAGAUGGCCGCCAUCCUUUGUUCUCGCCAUAUGUUCGUAUACCGAAUGGCGACCACCUAGGAGCACUCAAUUACCUUGUGGUUUUGUGUUGCAACAUGGUGUUCUACGUUCUAAUUGCUACCCAGGGUGGUCUCUGUUCGGUAGAACGAAUAAUCUACCGAACACACACAGAAAAACGAAUGCUGCCAAGUCAUUUAGGUAGCAGGGAGAGGAAAUAGUCGAAUGAAGACAGAGAAUACAGGGAACUUUUUCACUGUAGAGUAAGUGGGAAGUAAGGGGUGUAGUAGGGUAUGGGGGACUAAAGGACUAUAGAAAAGUGUAGGGUCUGUAGUAGUGUGUAGGAGCUGCAAUUGGGGGAGGGGCAUAGGACCUUAGGUGCUGAACUUGGGGGUUAGGGGCUGUAGUCAGGUGUAGGGGUUGCAAUUGGGGGUUAUGGGCUGUAGUGGGGGUUUAGGGGCUGUUAUGGUGGGUUAGUGACUCAGUUUAGGAGGUAAACAAAAAAAAAAACACUAGUUUGUUGCCUCUCCCUGAGACUUACCUUGGGACAGGGAGGGGGAAUCCCAGGUGCCUUGUGUGAUCAGGGCAUCCUAUGUAAGAGGCAGAGCCGAGUGUGAGGGAGCUGGGCCUAUUGCGAGGGCCUGGGCUUAGCGCCGCGAUGCGCCCAGGGGCGUUUUAGCCUUGGGCGGCAUUUUCCAGGGGUGGGCGACAAAAAAAGCCGCCCCCCCCCCAAAUGCCCAGGACAAAUGCCUUGUUAGCCUUGUGGCUAACAGACAUGCUGGGCGGGCGGCUGGCGAGGGAGCACUUCCUCUGAGCUGUCUGCUCAGCUCCCUCGCGCACCGCAGAGUGAGGCUGGGAGCCGGGUUGAUGAUGUCAUAUUCCGGCUCCCAGCCUCACUCCCAAAGGUAAAAGGGGGUGGGGUUAAAAAAAAAAAUGUGUUAAUGUGAGUGAGUGUGUCUGUCUGUUAGUGUGUGUCUGUCUGUUAGUGUGUGUCUGUCUGUUAGUGUGUGUCUGUCUGUGUGUGUCUGACUGUUAAAGUGUGUGUGUCUGUUAAAGUGUGUGUGUCUGUUAAAGUGUGUGUGUCUGUUAAAGUGUGUGUGUCUGUUAGUGAGUGUGUGUUUCAGUGAUUGUGUGUGUCUGUGAGUGAGUGUGUUUGUUUGUGUGUGUCAGUGAGUGUGUGUUUCUGUUAGCUAGUUUAUGCGUAUCUGUCAGUGAAUGUGUGUAUUUAGAAGGCGGGGCGGGGGGAAGGGAUGUUCAGGAUCGGCCCUGCAGAGGGGAUAUAGAAAGUGCAGCAAGACAAAACUGGUAAAUGUGAAAAAAUAUCACAUUCACUUAUUUUUUUUCUUAAUCUAGCAUGGGACAAGUGUCUCAUUUAACCCCUUAAGGACCAAACUUCUGGAAUAAAAGGGAAAAGGGAAGGCCCCCCCUUCCUCAUUUCUUAUACAAUGGAGCUCUCCUGAUGUUGGUUUCCCCUUGUGGGACUCUACACAUCACCUACUCCUAUUACCAUCAUUUUUAAAUACAUUUCUUUCUGUUCAUUUUUGUUUUUUAACUUUCAAAAGUUGAUUUUUUUUUUUAUUUUUUUUUUGCCAUCUUCUGGGAGGGUCACAUCAUUAAAAGAGAAAACAUUUUGUAUAUCUGACUCUGCAUCCGUCACCAUCAUAAGGACUUAGUAGGCUCUACGGUGUCUUACAGGUAAAAAUCUGAUAAAACCAACAUUGUCUGUUUAAACCCUGCAGAUCCCUAAAGAGAAGGUUCUUAAGUUUUACCACACAAUGACUCUACUGAAUACCAUGGACAGGAUCCUGUACGAGUCUCAGAGACAGGUAAAAAUACCCAAUCUGUGUCACCCUGCAGUGGGAAGGGCAGACUCCGUGUCCCAUAGCUCCUUCUGUCUGUGUCACCCUGCAGUGGGAGGGACAGACUCCGUGUCCCAUAGCUCCUUCUGUCUGUGUCACCCUGCAGUGGGAGGGACAGACUCCGUGUCCCAUAGCUCCUUCUGUCUGUGUCACCCUGCAGUGGGAGGGACAGACUCCGUGUCCCAUAGCUCCUUCUGUGUCUCCCUGCAGUGGGAUGGACAGAUUUCCGUGUCCCAUAGUUCCUUCUGUAUGUGUCACCCUGCAGUGGGAGGGACACACUCCGUGUCCCAUAGCUCCUUCAGUCUGUGUCACCCUGCAGUGGGAGGGAUAGACUGUGUCCCAUAGCUCCUUCUGUUUAUGUCACCCUGCAGUGGGAGGGACAGACUCCGUGUCCCAUAGCUCCUUCUGUCUGUGUCACCCUGCAGCGGGAGGGAGAGACUGUGCCCCAUAGCUCCCUUCUGUCUGUGUCACCCUGCAGUGGGAGGGACAGACUCCGUGUCCCAUAGCUCCUUCUGUCUGUGUCACCCUGCAGUGGGAGGGACAGACUCCGUGUCCCAUAGCUCCUUCUGUCUGUGUCACCCUGCAGUGGGAGGGUCAGACUCCGUAUCCCAUAGCUCCUUCUGUCUGUGUCACCCUGCAGUGGGAGGGUCAGACUCCGUAUCCCAUAGCUCCUUCUGUCUGUGUCACCCUGCAGUGGGAGAGACAGACUCCGUGUCCCAUAGCUCCCUUCUGUCUGUGUCACCCUGCAGUGGGAGGGACAGAAUCCGUGUCCCAUAUCUCCUUCCCAUAGCUCCUUCUGUCUGUGUCACCCUGCAGUGGGAGGGACAGACUCCGUGUCCCAUAGCUCCUUCUGUCUGUGUCACCCUGCAGUGGGAGGGACAGACUCCGUGUCCCAUAGCUCCUUCUGUCUGUGUCACCCUGCAGUGGGAGGGACAGACUGUGUCCCAUAGCUCCUUCUGUCUGUGUCACCCUGCAGUGGGAGGGACAGACUCCGUGUCCCAUAGCUCCUUCUGUCUGUGUCACCCUGCAGUGGGAGGGACAGACUCUGUGUCCCAUAGCUGUCCCACCUGCAGUGGGAGGGACAGACUCUCCAUAGCUCCCUGCCUCUGUGUCCCAUAUUCCCUGUCUGUGUCACCGCAGUGGGAGGGACAGACUCCGUGUCCCAUAGCUCCUUCUGUCUGUGUCACCCUGCAGUGGGAGGGACAGACUCCGUGUCCCAUAGCUCCUUCUGUCUGUGUCACCCUGCAGUGGGAGGGUCAGACUCCGUAUCCCAUAGCUCCUUCUGUCUGUGUCACCCUGCAGUGGGAGAGACAGAAUCCGUGUCCCAUAUCUCCUUCUGUCAGUGUCACCCUGCAGUGGGUGGGACAGACUCCGUUUCCCAUAGCUCCUUCUGUCUGUGUCACCCUGCAGUGGGAGGGACAGACUCAGUGUCCCAUAGCUCCUUCUGUCUGUGUCACCCUGCGGUGGGUGGGACAGACUCCGUGUCCCAUAGCUCCUUCUGUCUGUGUCACCCUGCGGUGGGUGGGACAGACUCCGUGUCCCAUAGCUCCUUCUGUCUGUGUCACCCUGCGGUGGGAGGGACAGACUCCGUGUCCCAUAGCUCCUUCUGUCUGUGUCACCCUGCGGUGGGAGGGACAGACUCCGUGUCCCAUAGCUCCUUCUGUCUGUGUCACCCUGCAGUGGGAGGGACAGACUCCGUGUCCCAUAGCUCCUUCUGUCUGUGUCACCCUGCAGUGGGUGGGACAGACUCCGUGUCCCAUAGCUCCUUCUGUCUGUGUCACCCUGCAGUGGGAGGGACAGACUCUGUGUCCCAUAGCUCCUUCUGUCUGUGUCACCCUGCAGUGGGAGGGACAGACUCUGUGUCCCAUAGCUCCUUCUGUCUGUGUCACCCUGCAGUGGGAGGGACAGACUCCGUGUCCCAUAGCUCCUUCUGUCUGUGUCACACUGCAACGGGAGGGACAGACUCUGUGUCCCAUAGCUCCUUCUGUCUGUGUCACACUGCAACGGGAGGGACAUACUCCGUGUCCCAUAGCUCCCUUCUGUCUGUGUCACCCUGCAGUGGGAGGGACAGACUCCGUGUCCCAUAGCUCCUUCUGUCUGUGUCACCCUGCAGUGGGAGGGAAGGACUCCGUGUCCCAUAGCUCCUUCUGUCUGUGUCACCCUGCAGUGGGAGGGACAGACUCCGUGUCCCAUAGCUCCUUCUGUCUGUGUCACCCUGCAGUGGGAGGGACAGACUGUGUGUCCCAUAGCUCCUUCUGUCCGUGACACCCUGCAGUGAGAGGGACAGACUCCGUGUCCCAUAGCUCCUUCUGUCUGUGUCACCCUGCAGUGGGAGGGACAGACUCCGUGUCCCAUAGCUCCUUCUGUCUGUGUCACCCUGCAGUGGGUGGGACAGACUCCGUGUCCCAUAGCUCCUUCUGUCUGUGUCACCCUGCAGUGGGUGGGACAGACUCCGUAUCCCAUAGCUCCUUCUGUCUGUGUCACCCUGCAGUGGGAGGGACAGACUCCGUAUCCCAUAGCUCCUUCUGUCUGUGUCACCCUGCAGUGGGAGGGACAGACUCCGUGUCCCAUAGCUCCUUCUGUCUGUGUCACCCUGCAGUGGGAAGUUUUUAUCCAAACUCUGUUUUUAGGGAAGAAUAUCUUUCUAUAUGACAAACUAUGGUGAGGAAGGGACCCAUGUGGGCAGCGCUGCUGCAAUGAAUGACACCGAUAUUGUUUUUGGACAAUACAGAGAAGCUGGUAAGUUGAUUGCGGCAAUUUUAUUUCUCUAUAUACUUACAUAUAGUUAGUGGAAUUGUAUAUAAAUAUUUUAUUUGUACUUUUAUCCAGAUGUGUUUAGAUGCACUUUGCAUAUUAAGCUUGUUAUACUUUUAUAUGGAAAAUAAAUUUGCUAAAACUCAAUGUAAAACUGAACUUCUUAUAGUUCCUCCUCCUAAAACGAAUCCUCCCUGCAGGUAGAGGGUUCGCCCCUUAUCUUGUCCUUGCACGCUCGCUGCCUGGUGUUAUCACCUUUACACCUUAUGUCCAGUCUGUCACCAAAUCCUGGCACUUGUACCUGUUCUGCCAACUGUCAGGGCAGCUCAGUCUCUAUAGAGCCAACCGCUAACUCCCAACAUCGUCAGCCUGCAGAAUGGACACAAGGAAAGCUACCCUCCCGCACCCAAAAUGUAGGAACCUGAAAGGUGGCUAUAGAAGUGUAUAUUUUGACCUGGAUGUCUGUCAGUGUGUGUGUGUAUCCGUAUGUCUGUCAGUGUGUGUGUGUAUCCGUAUGUCUGUCAGUGUGUGUGUGUGUAUCCGUAUGUCUGUCAGUGUGUGUGUGUAUCCGUAUGUCUGUCAGUGUGUGUGUGUAUCCGUAUGUCUGUCAGUGUGUGUGUGUGUAUCUGUAUGUCUGUCAGUGUGUGUGUGUAUCUGUAUGUCUGUCAGUGUGUGUGUGUAUCUGUAUGUCUGUCAGUGUGUGUGUGUAUCUGGAUGUCUGUCAGUGUGUGUGUGUAUCUGUUUGUCUGUCAGUGUGUGUGUGUAUCUGUAUGUCUGUCAGUGUGUGUGUGUAUCUGUAUGUCUGUCAGUGUGUGUGUGUAUCUGGAUGUCUGCCGCGUGUGUGUGUAUCUGGAUGUCUGUCAGUGUGUGUGUGUGUGUGUGUAUCUGGAUGUCUGUCAGUGUGUGUGUGUGUGUGUGUGUGUGUGUGUGCGUAUCCGGAUGUCUGUCUGUGUGUGUGUGCGUGUAUCUGGAUGUGUCUUCUGCCUGUGUGUGUGUGUGUAUCUGGAUGUCUGCUCGCGUGUGUGUGUGUAUCUGGAUGUCUGUCAAAGUGUGUGUGUGUGUGUGUGUGUAUCUGGAUGUCUGUCAGUGUGUGUGUGUGUGUAUCUGGAUGUCUGUCAGUGUGUGUGUGUAUCUGGAUGUCUGUCAGUGUGUGUGUGUGUGUGUGUGUAUCUGGAUGUCUGUCAGUGUGUGUAUGUGUGUGUAUCUGGAUGUCUGUCAGUGUGUGUAUGUGUGUGUAUCUUGAUGUCUGUCAGUGUGUGUGUGUGUAUCUUGAUGUCUGUCAGUGUGUGUGUGUGUAUCUUGAUGUCUGUCAGUGUGUGUGUGUGUAUCUGGAUGUCUGUCAGUGUGUGUGUGUGUAUCUGGAUGUCUGUCAGUGUGUGUGUGUGUAUCUGGAUGUCUGUCAGUGUGUGUGUGUGUAUCUGGCUGUCUGUCAGUGUGUGUGUGUGUAUCUGGCUGUCUAUCCAGUGUGUGUGUGUGUAUCUGUGUGUGCGUGUAUCUGGCUGUCUGUCAGUGUGUGUGUGUAUCUGGAUGUCUGUCAGUGUGUGUGUGUAUCUGGAUGUCUGUCAGUGUGUGUGUGUAUCUGGAUGUCUGUCAGUGUGUGUGUAUCUGGAUGUCUGUCAGUGUGUGUGUAGCUGGAUGUUUGUCAGUGUGUAUGUGUGUGUGUAUCUGGAUGUCUGUCGGUGUGUGUGUGUGUGUGUACCUGGAUUUUUUUAUGCAAUUUUUUUUUUACCUUUGCUUGGAAAGUGAGGCACUAAAAAUGUAUCUGCGGCCCGAAGAAGUUUAGCCUAUUUAAUUUUGGCCCCUAUCUGAUGCCGAGUUGUGCAGGUCUGCUUUAACCUAUCUGUUCCCUCUAUAAUAUAAAUAGUGGCUUCAACUUCCAGUUUUACCGCACGCUCAUCUGAAGAUUUUAUCCCAUAUGCUGCUCAUCAUCUCCUCUAGAUUGCAAGCUCACUGGGACAAGGAUAUAAAUAGCUUCUUUCUUUCUGUUCAUUUCUUGCAGUAUUUUGUUUUGUUUGCUGUGAUAUCCCAUCAUUCGAAUAGGAAAGUGCUAUAUAAAGACCAAUAAUAAAAGAGAAUAUUUCCUGGAGUACAUUACCACUUCUGAGGAUUUUUUCCAAAAAUGAUUUAACUAGUUAUGCAAUGCAUCCCAUUUAUUAAUAUGUAUCCGGGGCACAAUACGUGCCGAAUAUUCUCACAGUAUUCUUAGUGGGAAUCCUCCAUAGCAGGAACCUUUCAGUGUCUGUGUAAGAGAUCACCGCGAAAUAGACUACUUUUUCUAAUGCAGCAAUAUUAAUAAACAGAAUCUGCCAUGCAAACAGAACAGAUAUGAUGGGAGAGUCACAAAAAGUAAAAUAAAAAAGUCACAUUUGGUAAUUCUCACCCAAAAAACUACUUACAUUUGGUUUUAUUAUUCACUGACUCUUUGAUAACAUGUUUUCAGAUAAAAAAAAAAAGUAUAAAUACCCAGAAUAGCCUUUCAGUGGAAGCAGUAACAGUGAUACAGAAAGGGUAGUAGAUACCUGGAAUAGCCUUCCAGUGGCAGCAGUAACCGUGAUAUAGAAAUGGUAGUAGAUACCUGGAAUAGCCUUCCAGUGGAAGCAGUAACAGUGAUAUAGAAAGGGUAGUAGAUACCUAGAAUAGCCUUCCAGUGGGAGCAGUAACAGUGAUAUAGAAAUGGUAGUAGAUACCUGGAAUAGCCUUCCAGUGGAAGCAGUAACAGUGAUAUAGAAAUGGUAGUAGAUACUUGGAAUAGCCUUCCAGUGGGAGCAGUAACAGUGAUUAUAGAAAUGGUAGUAGAUACCUGGAAUAGCCUUCCAGUGGAAGCAGUAACAGUGAUAUAGAAAUGGUAGUAGAUACCUGGAAUAGCCUUCCAGUGGGAGCAGUAACAGUGAUAUAGAAAGGGUAGUAGAUACCUGGAAUAGCCUUCCAGUGGGAGCAGUAACAGUGAUAUAGAAAGGGUAGUAGAUACCUGGAAUAGCCUUCCAGUGGGAGCGGUAACAGUGAUAUAGAAAGGGUAGUAGAUACAUGGAAUAGCCUUCCAGUGGGAGCAGUAACAGUGAUAUAGAAAGGGUAGUAGAUACCUGGAAUAGCCUUCCAGUGGGAGCAGUAACAGUGAUAUAGAAAGGGUAGUAGAUACCUGGAAUAGCCUUCCAGUGGGAGCAGUAACAGUGAUAUAGAAAUGGUAGUAGAUACCUGGAAUAGCCUUCCAGUGGGAGCAGUAACAGUGAUAUAGAAAGGGUAGUAGAUACCUGGAAUAGCCUUCCAGUGGGAGCAGUAACAGUGAUAUAGAAAGGGUAGUAGAUACCUGGAAUAGCCUUCCAGUGGGAGCAGUAACAGUGAUAUAGAAAGGGUAGUAGAUACCGGAAUAGCCUUCCAGUGGGAGCAGUAACAGUGAUAUAGAAAGGGUAGUAGAUACCUGGAAUAGCCUUCCAGUGGGAGCAGUAACAGUGAUAUAGAAAGGGUAGUAGAUACCUGGAAUAGCCUUCCAGUGGGAGCAGUAACAGUGAUAUAGAAAGGGUAGUAGAUACCAGGAAUAGCCUUCCAGUGGGAGCAGUAACAGUGAUACAGAAAGGGUAGUAGAUCCCUGGAAUAGCCUUCCAGUGGGAGCAGUAAAGGCUAACAGUGAUAACGAAAGGGUAGUAGAUACAUGGAAGCAGUAAAGGGUAGUAGAUACAUGGAAUGGCCUUUCAAUGGGAGCAGUAAAGAAUGUUAACCUAUAGUACAACUCGCCCUCUAACAUACAUUAAGUCUCUCAGAAACCCCCACUUAUCACCUCUAGUAGAAUAUUCCACAGAGCACACUGAAUGCCUGGCUGCUCAUUUAUCAUGUAAAAUGGAGCAGUUACCAUGGAAAUCAAUGCCAUACGCCUGCCGGCCUGUUAACACUGCAUCAUGUUCAGUGAGAUGGAUAAGAUUUAAAUGACGGGAAUCAGGUCUGUAGGGUCCAACAGCAAGUUCAGCCAAUAAAUUCUGGGUAAUUCAUUCACAUGAAUGCAGCUGAAAUGUAUUACAUUUAACAACAGCCAAACUGAAUAUGGAUUUACUCUGAACAGGAUUGUGACGUUAGCUCAGCAACGAAUCGCAGGCGUGUGGUGAGUAAAUAUUACGGAGCGAGUGGCUCCCAGCUACCUUCACAUGUCUUGGCCCAUCCCGUUCUAGGAAAUGGGGAUUAUUUAAUAAAUGUGCUGUGGAGUGGACUCCUUUCCCCUGUCCUUACAGCUUGCGGUAGCAGUGGGGUUCUGAGUACGUCUGCGGUUUACUUUCAAAAACUUCACCCACCGCAUUUACUAAUAAUCCCUGCUCCUACUGCGACGGAGAGCAGAAGCAUGGCUAGACCAUUUGAUUGUGCAAUCUUUUACCAUAUAGUCUAUUUACUAAAUAUUCCACAGGAAAAUGCCCACACUUGGCACUGAAAUUAUUUUUGUUUAGCAGACACCAAUUGUUUCCAAUCAGAUUUUGUAAUUUUGUGCAUAGUAAGUAACACCACAGAGAUCUAUUCACUGAGAAUUAGUUAAUCACAAUUUCCAAAAUUCAAUUUUCUGAAUUCUGACAGGUUGAUUUUGCUUGAUCGUAUUUAGAAAGGACAAUGUGCUGACAAGGCAUGGGCGAUGGCAAUUAUUUAAUUCUGCGUUCUGUGCUGUCUUACAGGAGUAUUGAUGUACCGUGGUUAUCCCUUGAACCUCUUCAUGUCUCAGUGUUAUGGCAAUGCAAACGAUCCAGGGAAAGGGCGGCAAAUGCCCGUACAUUAUGGUUGCAAAGAUCUGAAUUUUGUAACAAUCUCCUCGCCGCUGGCGACACAGAUUCCUCAAGGUGAGUUGUUUGACACACCAGAUUCCUGAAUUCAAGCACUGUACACCAGGGUAGACAACCGUUGGCACUCCAGAUGUUGUGGACUAAAUCACCCCUGAUGCUUUGCCAGCUCUAUGGCUGUAUGGCAUUAUGUGAGAUGUAGUCCACAACAUCUAAAAUCUAGAAUGCAUAAGGUAGCCUACCCCCAUUCUACACCCACAAAGCACAGGUUGGGAAAUCACCUCUGUGAUUCCUAUCUACCUUCCGUGCACUGCUCCAGGCUUUACUGGAUCUGUCCUCUCUCAGUGAAUGCUAUAUACACAGGGUUUAUGGUCUGUACGUAUAGUUAGUGCAAAUCAAAAGCAGCAGCAUUUUUGAGAUUGUCUUAUGUGCAGUUAUUUCAGCUACUGAAAGGAAAGCAGUUUUGGACUAUGAAAGGAAUAUAUGGUAACGCUGCGGACUUUCUGUAGUCAUUAUCCAAUUAAAACAGGGUAUUUUAGCUGUAAUUGAAUUAUAUCUCUCAAUUUGGCGUUGGCAUGUUCUGCGUCUGUCUAGCGAAUUGAGUAUUACCUUCUCUUCGCAGCUGUGGGUGCGGCUUACACACUGAAACGCGAGAAUGCUGACCGCGCUGUCAUCUGCUAUUUCGGAGAGGGAGCCGCUAGCGAGGGAGACGCCCACGCAGCUUUCAACUUCUCCGCCACCCUCGAAUGUCCCAUAAUCUUCUUCUGCAGAAACAACGGCUAUGCGAUAUCGACCCCGACAUCCGAACAGUACCGCGGCGAUGGUAUUGGUGAGUGUUACCAACUGAUUCCUUUUAGCUAGAAAAGGUUCAAAAUGCAGAGCUUUUAAAAUUCUCCAUGUAACUCACCUUUUAUUGUGGUUUAGCUGCACGUGGUCCUGGCUAUGGUAUCAUGUCUAUUCGAGUGGACGGUAAUGAUGUCUUUGCCGUGUACAAUGCCACAAAAGAGGCAAGACGUCGGGCAGUGGCAGAGAAUCAGCCUUUCUUGAUUGAAGCCAUGACUUACAGGUGAGCAGACACUGCUAAUGUGGGAUUAUCCUUGGCAUAAUAAAUUAAAGCAACGCUCCAUGCCCAAAUACAGAAACCUUCAAAAUCACUGUUUAAAAGAUAUACCCCUUCUCCCCACCCCCCCAAAGAAAACAUGCUUGCAUUUAAUUAUACUUUUUUUUAUUAGGGUAUAUCUACAAACAGCUUGUUAAAUCUACAGAUCUCUUGCCUGCAGCCGUUGCAAACCCUCCCCUUCCAUCCCCGCUUAGACUUUCUGUGACUGUCCAAUCACUUCCAAACUUCCCAAUGCAGGUCAAUGAGAAAUCGUUGCAAGGCAGGUGCUCUGAGCAAUUGCUGCCUCUUGAGUUUAUCUCCACUGAAGUAAACAAACCAGGAAGUAAAGGGAUUGGUUGUGAUUGACAGCCUUGGGGGGGGGUUGUAACCAGGUUGAUUUAUAUAUUGAAAUCUGUACUUUUUGCAAAAAAAAAAAACCCCCCAAAACACGCAAAGUAUAGUGAUUUAGGGGUCUGUUGUGUCCCUUAAUCAAUUCAGAAAGUGAUCAUAAAUGUCAUAAUACAGUUUAAACGUUUAUUGUAUUAUUCCAAUUUAUUGUUUACAUCCCAUCACUGUAAUAAAAUGGCUGUUUAACCUUUCUUCUGCAUUUUAAGGAUCGGGCACCAUAGCACCAGUGAUGACAGCUCUGCUUAUCGCUCGGUAGAUGAGGUUAAUUAUUGGGACAAACAGGACCAUCCAAUCUCACGGCUCCGUCACUACAUGUUACACAAAGGCUGGUGGGACGAGGAGCAGGAGAAAAUAUGGAGGAAGAAGUCACGGAAGAUGGUAAGAUGGGAUGACAUGGCAUGGUGUAAUAAUGUGAGGGGAGGCUGGCAUUGUCUGUGCUGGGUAUACAUGGCAUGGUGUAAUAGUGUGAGGGGAGGCUGGCACUGUCUGUGCUGUGUAUACAUGGCAUGGUGUAAUAGUGUGAGGGGAGGCUGGCACUGUCUGCGCUGUGUAUACAUGGCAUGGAGUAAUAGCAUGAGAGGAAAGCUGGCAUUGUCUGUGCUGUGUAUACAUGGCAUGGUGUAAUAGUGUGAGGGGAGGCUGACACUGUCUGCUGUGUAUACAUGGCAUGGUGUAAUAGCAUGAGAGGGAGGCUGGCACUGUCUGUGCUGUGUAUACAUGGCAUGGUGUAACAGCAUGAGAGGAAAGCUGGCAUUGUCUGUGCUGUGUAUACAUGGCAUGUUGUAAUAGUGUGAGGGGAGGCUGGCACUGUCUGUGCUGUGUAUACAUGGCAUGGUGUAAUAGUGUGAGGGGAGGCUGGCACUGUCUGCUGUGUAUACAUGGCAUGGUGUAAUAGCAUGAGAGGGAGGUUGGCACUGUCUGUGCUGUUUAUACAUGGCAUGGUGUAAUAGUGUGAGGGGAGGCUGGCACUGUCUGUGCUGUGUAUACAUGGCAUGGUGUAAUAGUGUGAGGGGAAGCUGGCACUGUCCGUGCUGUGUAUACAUGGCAUGGAGUAAUAGCAUGAGAGGGAAGCUGGUAUUGUCUGUGCUGUGUAUACAUGGCAUGGUGUAAUAGUGUGAGGGGAGGCUGGCACUGUCUGUGCUGUGUAUACAUGGCAUGGUGUAAUAGUGUGAGGGGAGGCUGGCACUGUCUGCUGUCUAUACACGGCCUGGAGUAAUAGCAUGAGAGGGAGGCUGGCAUUGUCUGUGCUGUGUAUACAUGGCAUGGUGCAGUAGUGUGAGAGGAGGCUAACACUGCCUGUGCUGUGUAUAUAUGGCAUAGUGUAAUAGUGUGAGGGGAGGCUAGCACUGUAGCGUGUACACAUGGCAUGGUGUAAUAGCGUGAGGGGGAGGCUGGCACUGUCGCUGUCUGUCCGUGGUCUAGCAGUGUCUGAGGGGUUCCGAUCUGUAUAAAAUGGGUAAUUUAGUUAAUCUGCAGAUAUUUUUUUUAGAGAUUCUCCUUCCAGUGUUUAAUACGUUUUUCAUUUUCCGUGCAGGUAAUGGAAGCAUUUGAAGAGGCAGAACGCGCAAAUAAACCGAAGCUAGAGCACAUGUUUACUGACGUGUAUUCAGAGAUGCCACCACAGCUGAAAAAACAGCAAGACUCUCUAAUGAAACAUCUGAAGGUUUAUGGGGAACAUUACCCCCUGGACAACUACGAAAAGUAAUCAUUUUAUUGUGAGAGCAGAGACAGCCCAACACUACAUAUACCUGGAUAAUCUGUUACAGUGUCUGACCGAGAUGCCUCCAUUUUCUUUUCAAAGGAAGAAUCAUUUUUGGAUUGUAAAUACGAGUUAGGGAGAUGUGCUUUCUGGUUUUAGAAAUAGCUUUACGCCAUGGUGACAAUUGACUGUGUGAUUUCAGAGGCAGAUUACAAAGAAAGGCAGAGCAGACUCGGUGACAUAGUUUAUUUGGGACAAAGAAAACGAUAUUAUGGAUUCCGAUCAAUGUAUCUUAGUAUGGUGGAGGAACAUUAAAGAGAUUUCACUGAAUUUUUGUUUUCUUUUUAAAUAAAGGACCCUUAAUUCUACUUUUUUAUUUCAUUCUUUAAAGUUUUAUUUCAGGAGCAAUACUUAACACACACACAGGACCUGGACUGUUCAAAAGAAUUGGCAGAAAACUUGCGAUGCGAAACAGCAUUGUCAGAAUUUCACAUUUGUAGUAAACAAGUCUGUAAAGAAAAUGAG